GAGGGAGGAGUGAGGAGUGAGGAGUGAGGAGUGAGGAGUGAGGAGUGAGGAGUGAGGAGUGAGGAGUGAGGAUCGAACGGACCUGUUGUGUCAACCGUCAGACCUUGUACGCAGGAAAGUGCCUGCUCGGUCGAGCCUUCCUGCUAUGCGUACUCUGUGAAGACAGAAGGAACGCAGCAAGGGGACUGACGUACCUUCUUGUCACGCUAUCUGGCAGGUGGGUAAAUCUCUGCUUGUGAGCGCCCGCUUCACAAUGUUUUCCAUUCGUACUUGCCUACCUAUGUAGCAGACACCUGCCUGGCACUCUCGAGCUUAGGAGCUUCGCAACCUGUCAUAGACCGGCUGACAGGUUUUCGUGCUUCCAUCCGCUCUUCACUCCUUUUGGAUUUCGGAGGAACCUGGCCACUCGGUCUCCUGCGUUUCAUUCUCUGCGACAUUCGGCUGCCGACGCGUUCGAUCGAGACGUUGAGCUGUCACCCAGUGCCAUGUCGGUGCGCCGUUUUGCUUCAACUAAACAGCAAGCUCUCACUUGACAUCAAUCUGUCGCCAUAGCUCGUUUCUGCUGGUUCAAUGUGCUCUUUCGCGCUUCGUGCCUCGCCAUGCGCAAUCGUCUAAGUCUUCAAACCUGGGUCGAGUCCGUCGAGACUGCUGCCCAUGCAGAAAAUGCAGGAUGGCGCCAAAGACUCGAGGAGAUGACAAACGUCUUCUCCCGUGAAGCGAUGUAUCGGAAUGGAUAUGACGAAGAAAAGUGCCGCAAUGUCCUCGUAAGAUACUGUGCACACAUUCCCCGGAAUUAUCAAUACCGGGACGGCGUUCAACUUGUAUUUCUGGUUCUGCGCGAACAUCUCGGAGACGAAAACUUGGACCUAGCGGGUGGUGUGCUCUACGAAUUGAUCGAGAUUGACUGCAACUAUUCGGACGACCCAGGAGCCGAGUUCCAGCGCUGGAAACAUGAUCAUCUCCACCGACAUGUUAUCAGACUACUACCCCUCGAGUCGCGUGGGCUCGAACGAGCCAAGCUGUAUACGCAGUCGCAAGGCUUGGAUGAUUGACCAUACCAUGUAUGUGUCGACCCGCGAGGGCGGAACCUGUGCUUUCCGCAGCCCCACCCCCAAGGAAUUGCACGAAAUGCAGUGGCAGAUUGGCAUUGGGCGAGCCGGGAGGUUUGUCAAGGAGGAAGAGGUUGUUCCAGCUACUCCGUCAACCCAGGAAGCGAACAUGAGCACCUGGAACGACAACGCCGAAGCCGAUAAAAGCCAGGUCAACGGCCCACGUGAGAGAAGGUCUCUAUCACUUCUCCGUAUUGUUAAGAGCAGAAGAGAUACCCUGCCAGCCGAGGGCUCUCCAGAGCUCCAAUCCGACAACAAGCGUCGUGGCUGGUUUGCCAACAUAUUUGGUUUCGAGACUGUUCUGUCUUUGCGCGAACCCCCCGAUCCGAAGCCCGUGCCGCUGCCUGAAGGCUGCACGACACCGCAUUCGAUUUUUGCCAGGAAGUUCUCCUUGAUAGCCGACAACCAACCUUUGCCGCCUUCGCUUUCGCACGAAAUGAUGCCUACGGCGGACAUCAAGGCCAGGAACCUCCUGGCGGAUGCGGCAGUGCAGGGUUUGAUGGGUCCUGCCUAG